CGACUCUUCGUCAAAACGAGAGCAACUCGACUUGCGACAUAUAGAUCGUGAAACCCUUCACGCCUCUUUUUCCGCUGUUGUCUCUCUGCAACCCUUCGAAGCAGUCGUGGGUGGGUGCACCGAUGGCGGGGAGGUGGAGUGGAGGCGGCGGGGGCGGCGAGGUGGUGGGUUCGAUCUACUCGGUGCUCGCGCUCGUCCUCAUCUUGGUGGCCUGCGUGGAGCUCGGCGACGCCGCCACCGCCGUCGACGUGUACCGGCUGAUCCAGUACGAUCUCUCCGGGGCGCCGUACGGAUCGCGCCUUGCCGGCCUUAAUCACCACGCCGGCGCCGCACCCUUUGCCCCCGGCGCUGAUCUCUCCCGUACCGUCGUCAUCCUCCCCGUUCGGGAGCUCAAUCUCACCUUUCUCCAAGAGUACAUAACCAGUAAGCAGCCCUUGGGGGGAUUGUUACUUCUGCUUCCUCAAGAUAUUCGUCACAAGAGUGGUGGAGGGAAUAAGAGCAGAAACGUUGGUCUGCUGAGAAGUAUAUUGUCUGAGUUGGAACAGUUGCUCAUUCAUGUCAACUUACCAUAUCCAGUUUAUUUUGCUUAUGAGGAUGAUAAGAUUAAUGCUGUGCUAGCUGACGUUCGAAGAGGUGAUGCCACUGGGCAACCUGCUACAGCUACCACUGGCGGCUACAAGUUGGUUGUAUCAACACCAGAACCUAGAAAAGCAUCAUCUCCAACAAUCACAAACAUUCAGGGGUGGUUACCAGGACUUGUAGGAGAUGGUACCACUCAACUCCCUACAAUUGCUGUGGUUGCGUCCUAUGACACAUUUGGUGCUGCUCCGGCACUUUCUGUGGGAAGUGAUAGUAACGGAAGUGGGGUUGUGGCUCUCUUGGAGAUUGCAAGACUCUUUUCACGCCUUUAUUCAAGUCCAAAGACCCGAGGGAGAUACAAUCUUCUCUUUGGUUUAACAUCUGGUGGACCUUAUAACUACAAUGGAACUAUGAAGUGGCUUAGGAGCUUUGAUCAGCGCUUACGUGAGAGCAUUGAGUAUGCUAUUUGCUUGAAUAGUGUUGGUUCAUGGAACAAUGAGCUGUGGCUGCAUGUGUCUAAGCCUCCAGAAAAUGUGUACAUAAAGCAAGUUUAUGAGAGUUUUUCAGAAGUUGCAAAGGAGCUUGGAGUUACAGUUGGUAUAAAGCACAAGAAGAUCAAUAUUUCUAAUCCACGAGUAGCAUGGGAGCACGAGCAAUUUUCCAGGGUAAGAGUAACUGCUGUCACUUUGUCCGAACUUUCAGUUGCACCUGAAUUGCUUCAAAGCACAGGAGGACUGUACGAUACAAGGCAUAUAGUUGAUGAUACUGCAAUCCAUAGAAGCGUCAAACUAGUUGCUGAGAGUCUUGCGAGGCAUAUUUAUGGAUAUGAAGGAAAAAAUAUCCAGAUUUUUGCAGAUAAUAGUAGUUUGGCAGUAAACCCAUCUUAUGUGAAAUCAUGGUUGGAUCUUUUAUCGCGGACACCUCGAGUAGCACCUUUUCUCUCAAAAAAUGACCCAAUUAUUUCGGCAUUGAAAAAGGAAUUGUCUGAUCAUACGGACGAAGUGCAUCUGCAGCAUGAGAGCAUUGAUGGGAUGUUUAGCUUUUAUGACUCUACACGGGCAACCCUUAACAUAUAUCAGGUUGCAAGUGUUACGUUUGACCUUCUUUUACUUCUAGCACUGGGUUCUUAUCUAAUUCUCCUCUUCAGCUUCCUUGUCAUCACAACACGGGGCCUCGAUGAUCUUAUUAACAUGUUCCGGCGACCUCCAUCUCGAAAGGCCAAAGCAGCUUGAGUUCGUAGGGUUUUGUUAAUUUUCACGCAGGAGACUUGACCAGGAGCAGAAUAGCUGAAGAAAAUUGUAGAUUAGCCUCAGUCGGGGAAAUUGAAUCAUUCUCCAGUAACAUCAGGAAAAAUUUUGCCAGCAUUCAUGGUUGGAAGUUACUGGUUUUCGUUUUUCCAGGGAUUUUACGUGUGAAAUUGCAAGGGUGACAUCAUUAUUUCCUCCUCAGGUUGCUUGUUUUAUGCACCAAGCAUCAUAAAUUCAUGUCUGCUUUAAAAUUGCCCUUAGAUAUUGCAUGCGGAUUUAUAUCCUGUUGGCUGUUGAUUCAUAAGCUAGCUCAGACUCAUGGAUAAAUGAAUUUGUUAUGGUCUUUGUGCUGGUAA